AGAAAAGGUGGAGGAGGGCCACGGGUGGCGGACAGGCGGAGUAGCGGUGUCAGUGUAGCGAGUGCAGCCCUACAGUGUGUGCGUGCCGGGCUGGUCACUUACUGGUGCUGCCGCCGCGCCGUGUGUGUGCUCCCGCCUUCCCAGUCCCACCCCCUCACCUCUACAGGACACGCAUCUGCUGCUCACUCAUCCGACACCCUCCACAUCGCAAUUUGAACGGCGAGAGUAAGAUAUGGCACCCUCACGGCCUCUCCCUGACCUACUCUACUUCCCGUCCCUCUUCCUCCUCCUGCUGCUGGCUCUGACCCAUCAAGCGUGCGGCAUCCGGUGCGUGCAGUGCGAGGCGGAGGGGACCCAGGACGAAUGUUUUGUGAAGCCGCCGCCGCCCAUCGAGUGUGGCAGAGGCAUGAAUGUUUGUCUCACCAUCCACACCUACACGCCCGACAGGGAAGACUCGCGUAAGAUGCUGUCACUUGUCCGCACCUGCGCCCCGACUGACAUGGGGUGGGACUGCGAGAGAGGCAGGACGAAGGGCGGCCACCAGAUGGAAGUGUGCCACGAUACUUGUACCUGGGAUGGAUGCAACCACGCUCGCUCCACCGCCGCCUCUGCCCUGGUGGUGGUGACGACAGCUCUCCUCACCAAUGUGCUUCUUCUCUGACCCUUCUCUCAUCUCUCAGCUCACAACCACGGAUGUCCGCGUGACUGGUGCUUUCAUUCCCUCUGUCGCUCUCCUGUUUCCUCAGUCCCGGUGCCUCGGAAUUCUGUGAACUUCGUGACGGCCACCGAAGAGGAAGGCGCUUGUCUCGUUAUGAAUCGUCACGUGAUGCGCUAAAAACUGUGAUGUAAUUUUUAGUAUUGCUUCGAUGUUUUGUGUGUGUAUGUGUGUUCGUGCGCGUGUUUAUGCGUGGAUGUGUAUCCUGUCAUAUGUCGACUUAUGUUCUUGUGUAAGGCUUUUGUGUGAAUGUUUCGUUUAACCAAAUUAUUCAUUCUAGUCACUAUGAUAUAUGUAUGUAGUCGAUAUGUCUUUCAUGCUCGAAUAAAUAUACAGAUGAUCAA